AGGCUCAUUUGUUAAUGUACCAGGUGGAUACGACCUGAAAAUAUAUUGAAUCGUGGUACAUAUAUGUGCAGCAAUCGAUUAUAAGUCUACUGACAUAUUACAUACAAUAAAGUAUGGCUGUAAGUGCUGUAGCAGCAAGCAGCACUGCUUCUAAUAGAAAUAACCCGCCAGUUAAGGGCAGCGGAACAGUGCCGUGUGCACGAUGGCGGCAGAUAGACGACCCACUGUUGAUUACAAAUAUGGAGCAGCUGGAGAGUGCUGCUCUGGUGCACAAGUGCACGCAAUUCUCACAGGUAUGA